CUUCUCUUUGUCCCCUGUUCAAACUCAGAAGCAAACUAAAAAGUUAACCCCAUUAUCAUCCCAUCUUGGGAGAGAAAGAGAGAGAUUCAAUUAUCAGGGGGUUUCAUAUUCAAAUAAUAAAUUUUUGACCUCUUCCAAAGUAGCAUAUGUGAGCAUCAUAGGCAGGCUUCUUGUCUUUGUUCAAAGAAAACAAAAGUUGGGUCUUCUUCUGAGAUUGGUUUUUGGUUGACCACUUUAAGAAUUCCAUGGAUGAACCCAAUUUCGAAGUAAUUCCAACACGCCACCACUCCGGUUGGAAGGUGUGUUUUUCUCCCCAAAUAAUAAAGAAUUGUCCUCAGAAACCAAGUUGCAAUCUCAAGAAAAGCCUAAAGUGACUGUUCACGCCAUUUCUUUGAGUGAAGUCCAAGCGAAAUUUCAGUUUCUCAGGGUUUUUAUGUCUUCUUAAUUCUGCAACAUUUGAUCCUGCCUGUUAUGGAGAAGCCAAGAUCAGAGACCUUGGCCAUUUGCUCUGUCGUCUCUUUCCUUGGCCUGAUUGCCAUUGCAGCGUGUCUUGCAGCUGAAUUCAGGAAAAACAAGGUGAAAGACCUGAAAUUGGAUGUGAAUCUUUGUUUCCUACCAGAAAGUCCAGUUUUUGGACUGGGAAUUGCUGCCUCCAUAUGUCUUUCACUUAUCCAGAUUAUUGUGGGCUCAAUAAUUGCCUUUAAAUGCUGCUCCAAAAGAAUGGAAUUUGAUGCAAAGUCCCAAAAGCUCUGCUUUACCGUUGCACUUUUCCUUCUCUCAUGGGUAAGUUAUGCGUUUGGCGUUGUUUUGUUGAGUGUGGGUACAAGCAUGAGCAGGCAGCAAGAGUAUGGGAAGGGAUGGUUAGAUGGGGAGUGUUACAUUGUUAAAGAUGGAGUCUUUGCCGGUGCGGCUUCAUUGGCAUUCGUAACACUUACGGCAAACCUCUCCUUGUAUCAUCAUUUCAUGAAGACCACAAUGACGGGUGGACAGGGCAUCAAGUAAGUGGAGAAUGGACCACCCCAGGCCCCUCAAAAAUUGAUUUGAGAUUUUUUAUUUUUUUUUUUUUCAAUUUUUAACCCUCUCACAUAAAAAUAAUAACAAUAAUAAUAAUAAUCUCUCUCUACACAAACAAAAGCCCUGAACAUAAACAUCCAGUUGGCAAGAUUACGUAUACUUUUCUUUAGCAUCUCUCUGUCAAGCAAUGUCUUCAAUUUCGAUCAAGAAUAAAGUAUGCCCCCCAUGACUCUUUUUU